CUCUGUGCCCGCACCUCUCUUCGACAACUUCUCAAGCUGAACGGUUGCAGAGCUCUCUGUCUGUCGUGAGAUCUCUUUGCGUGAGGAUGUCAAAUAAGGAGAAAAGUGUGCAUGUGGGGGAAGAAUGCUUUCAGCAGCAUGGUCCAACAUUGAUGUUUAGCAACAUCAAAUACUGUAUUCAGGAAAGAGUGGGUUUGCUCUGCAAAAAAGGUCCAGAAAAGGUCAUUCUUAAGGAUAUAAGUGGAAUUCUGAAACCUGGGAUGAAUGCCAUCAUGGGCCCCACUGGAAGUGGAAAAACAUCGCUUCUGGAUGUGAUUGCAGGGCGGAAAGACCCGGCUGGAUUACGACAUGGAACUGUCUUUGUUGACGGCAGACCGGUCACAAAUGACCUGAGGCUUACCUCGGCCUAUGUCGUACAGGAUGACGUCCUCAUGGGCACGCUGAGUGUGAGAGAGAACCUGCUGUUCAGCGCCAACCUUCGCCUCGACCCAAAGAACCACUCCUCUGCAGACAAGCAGAGCAGAGUGGAAAACAUCCUGGAGGAGCUGGGCCUAACAGAGUGUGCUAACACUAAGAUAGGGACAGAUUUUAUACGAGGUGUUUCUGGAGGGGAAAGGAAGAGAUGCAGCAUAGGGAUGGAACUCAUAACCGCCCCAUCCUUGUUGUUUCUUGAUGAGCCUACCACUGGCCUGGAUGCAUACACCGCCAACUGUAUCAUCUCUCUUCUCCACAAACUCUCUCGGAAUGGAAAGACGGUGAUCUUCUCCAUCCACCAGCCACGCUACUCCAUCUUCGAGCAGUUUGACCAGUUGACCCUGAUGCAUAAGGGGGAUGUGGUGUAUGCAGGCAAAGCUGAUAAAGCCUUGGAAUACUUCAGCCUCCUUGGUUACCAGAUUAAGGCCUUCAACAACCCUGCUGAUUUCUUCCUGGACAUCAUCAACGGAGAAGCUGAGUCAACAUUAGAGUUGCCUGCUACAGAUGGUAACAAUCCGUUGCUGGUGCAGUUCCGCAAGUCGCCCCAAUGUCAGCAGGAGUUUGAAGAGGUGGAGCAGGUCUGCCGAGCCUUCGAAGGAGGCUUGAAGACCAAGGGGGAGAAGGUUGACUAUGUGACCUCCUUCUUCUACCAGAUGCGUAUCCUGUCUCACAGGGCGGUGCUAAACCUGCUGAGGACCCCUCAGACCUCCUACGCUCAAGUGGCUCUUACCGUUUUCUUUGCUUUGCUGGUGGGACUCAUCUACUACCAGAUACCCCUAACCCUCCCCGAGGGCUUACAGAACAGGAGUGGGGCCUUCUUCUUCCUUGUCAUCAAUGUGGUGUUUUCUAAUCUCUCAGCCGUUGAACUCUUUAUCAAAGAGAGAGCCGUAUUCAUUCACGAGAAUGCUAAUGGGUAUUACCGUACCUCCGUCUACUUCCUGUCCAAGAUCGGUGCCGAUCUCCUCCCUAAUCGCAUCGUUCCCAACAUUUUCUUCUCAGCCAUCUCCUAUUACAUGAUGGGUUUGAAGCCCGCCUUUUUGGAUUUCCUUUGCUUCACGCUGACCAUGACUCUGACCAGCAUCGGGGCAGUCAGUGUAGCCUUCAUGGUAUCUGCCACCGUCAAUUCCCUGGCCAUGGCCAACCUGCUGGUUGCUCUUCCAUUUGUCAUCAUGAUGGUAUUUGGCGGUUUCCUGGUCAAUCUCAACAAUAUGCUGAGCUGGCUGUCCUGGCUGGAGUGGAUCAGUAUCUUCAAAUACGGAAUGAACGCGAUGUUCAUCACCGAGAUGACGGGACAGUUGUUCUACGUAACCGACAACAUCACCAUUCAAGGGGAGAUGUUCCUACAAGGCCAGGGAAUAGACUACUCUCGCUGGGGCUUCUGGCAGAACCAGGUGGCCCUCAUCGGAAUCUCGUCGGUGUGUCUGGUCGUGGCCUACAUACAGCUACGGAGGAUCAAACGCUGGAAGUGAUACCCCUGUCUUUAUGUGGGUCUAUGUGUCAACUGCCGGCAGCCAUGAUCUGUAUUACUGUGUUAAAAAUCUGUAUUACAUCCCUAAUUGAGGUUAGGUACAAUACAAUAGAUACUUCUGUCCAUAUUUUGUUCUCUCUCUCUUUCUGACACUCUCUGAAACACACUCUGGAACCUUAGGCCAGGAUAAUCUGCCACUAAGCACACUGAAGAGUGCAAGUGGACACGUACAGCGCUGUCCAAUCAACUCACUAGUCUUUACAAAGCUUCUUAGGCUGAUAGCUCUUUUUGCCUCUGUCCAUGCAGAGAAUAAUUAAGUCAUAUUUGUACAUUUUUAUGUAUAUCUUUUAUCUAAAAAUAACUGCAUUAUAUUAAUAUCGAUAAACAUAGCUGGUGAUGAACAUGUUUUAAUUUGUAUUUGAAUACAUGUGAAGAAGUGUCCAAUGUCA